GCUCAGCCCCGGCGGCCAGUCCCGGCCGAGCCGCGGGAUGCGACAAAGCGACGGGCGAGCAGCGGCAGGCUCCGGAUUCCGUCCCGGAGAGCCGCGGCGCCGCUAAGUGGCCGGAGGAGAAGGCUGGGCGGUGCGCGCUCGGGGCUCGCCGCCUCUCCAAGCGCCCGGCGCUCUUCGGGGGCAGCCGAUGGCGGGCUGCGGCUGUGGCUGACGCCGAGCGCCCGGCGGAGCUGCGGGGAUGAGCGCCUCGGCGGCCACGGGCGUCUUCGUCUUGUCCCUCUCGGCCAUCCCGGUCACCUACCUCUUCAACGCCUUGGCUGCCACCGGCGGUUCUUGGGUCAUUGUAGCCAUUGGAUUACUGGUCCUGCUCCUAGUGGCUCUGGCUGCUCGACUUCUGGUGAAGAGGAAACCACCUAAGGACCCACUCUUCUAUGUCUAUGCAGUGUUUGCUUUCACCAGCGUCGUGAAUCUGAUCAUCGGGCUUGAACAAGAUGGCAUAAUUGAUGGAUUCAUGACCCAUUAUUUGAAAGAGGGUGAACCUUACUUGAACACGGCGUACGGCCACGUGAUCUGCUACUGGGAUGGCUCAGCCCACUAUCUAAUGUAUCUCUUAAUGGUGGCAGCUAUUGCUUGGGAGGAAACUUACCGGACUAUCGGUCUGUACUGGCUGGGCUCCAUCGUGAUGAGUGUCAUUGUCUUUGUGCCUGGAAAUAUUGUGGGAAAGUAUGGAACAAGAGUCUGUCCUGCCUUUUUAUUAAGUAUCCCCUACGUUUGUCUUCCCAUAUGGGCUGGAUUCAGAAUCUAUAAUCAACCGCCAGCGACUUACAACUCUACAGCCAAGGCGAUUAAAAAGGUGCAGCAGAAACGGCUGCUCCGAAGACCUCUAGACCUGCUCUUGGCUGCGUACUUCAUCUUUGCAACUGGAUUUUGCCUGUUUAGGGGCAUGAUUGCCUUGGACUGCCCAGUUGAACUGUGCCGACUAUAUAACCAACUUCAUGAACCUUACAUAAAAGAUCCUGCUGCUUAUCCUAAACUUCAGAUGCUGGUGUACAUGUUCUACUCUGUGCCGUAUUACAUAAUUGCACUGUAUGGUUUGUUUGUGCCUGGAUGUUCCUGGAUGCCUGAUUUGACCCUUAUCCACGCUGGAGGACUUGCCCAGGCUCAGUUUUCACACAUCAGUGCCUCCCUACAUGCUCGGACGCCGUACAUAUACAGAGUUCCUGAAGAAGGAAAGAUGUGGUUCCUACUUCUCAAUGUAACACAUGGAAUCCUUCCCCAGUUGUUGGCUUAUCGAUGUGUCCAGAGUCCAGAGUUUUUCUUGAAAGCAAAGCCAGAAGUGAAGGCAGAGUGAGAAGAUUGCAGCAAUGAAUUUUACUUUUGCAUAACUGGACUGCUGUUACAAACCCUGGGUUUGUCCAGAGAGAAGCGCCCGACCGGUUUUUAAUGUAUCUUUGCUGCAAAUAAAGACCUAUUCUAUCUUUCA